CAAAGAACGUCUUUCACCGAACACGCCUGUCUAGACUACUGACGCAUAUUAAUGGCGCAUUAAACUGUCGAAAAGGAGUCUAUAAAAAAGAGUUACAGAGUUACCUGUGGAAGGAAGCUCACCUUUGGACUGACAAUGCAAAGGCUACAGGCAUUGAAGGAAACGUUCUUUGGCUUGAGUGCUGCUCAGCAGCAGGUUGUAAUCGGGUCAGCUGUGGCAGUAGGGGGCAUACUGGCAUAUACUGUGUACAAAAGAAGGCAAGUUAAAACUAUUCCUCUGGGCGAAGGAUGGUGGGGAGCAGGUGAGAAACCACUGUCAGAGGAUGACGACAUCUACCAGUUUGAAGUGCAAACCUCAGAUGAAGAGAUUCAGGACCUUCACCAGCGCAUUGACAGAGCCCGAUACACCGAUCCUUUAGAAGAUAGCUGCUUCCAGUAUGGCUGUAAUUCUGUUUAUCUACAGAAAGUGGUGUCCUACUGGAGACAUCAGUUUGACUGGAAAAACCAGGUGGCCUUGCUAAACACAUAUUCACACUUCAAAACUAAAAUAGAAGGAUUAGAUGUGCACUUCGUCCAUGUGCAGCCACCACACCGUAAGAACCAGAAGGUUCUCCCUCUCAUGCUUGUUCACGGCUGGCCUGGCUCCUUCUUUGAGUUCUACAAGAUUCUACCGCUGAUGACAGAAAACCAUGGCGGCUUUGCCUUUGAGGUCAUAUGCCCAUCAAUCCCAGGCUACGGUUUCUCAGAAGCCCCUCAUAAACAAGGAUUUAACAGCCUUGCUGCUGCCAGAAUUUUCCUGACACUGAUGGAGCGUUUGGGUUUCUCACACUUCUAUCUGCAAGGAGGAGACUGGGGCUCACUCAUCACCACCAAUAUGGCACAGAUGAAGCCUGAGUGUGUGUCAGGUCUCCACUUAAACAUGUUCAUAUCACGUGGAGGCUUGAAAGUGCUGUUCUCUCUUCUGAUUGGUCCUUAUCUGCCCUUUCUGGUGGGCUUGACUCGUGAAGAUGUCCGCCGCUUGUUCCCUUACUUUGAGAAGAAUGUCUGGGACAUGCUGAGGGAAACUGGUUAUUUUCACAUCCAGGCUACUAAACCAGACACUGCAGGUUGCGGAUUGAAUGACUCUCCUGUUGGACUGGCUGCCUACAUUCUGGAGAAGUUCUCUACCUGGACUGAUUUGAAGAACAGAGACCUGGUGAAUGGAGGUCUGGAGAGGAAAUUCAGCCUGGAUGAGCUUUUGACAAAUGUCAUGAUUUAUUGGACCACAGGCUCAAUAGUCUCCUCCAUGCGCUUCUACAAAGAGAACUUCAAGACGAAUCCUGACAAUCGCGUUGAUGCAAGGGCCCGAGUAUUUGUGCCCACUGGAUUGGCUGCUUUCCCUGGAGAGUUGAUGCACUGUCCUAAAUCAUGGGCAAAAAUGAAAUACCGCAACAUCUACACUUACACCUUCAUGCCCCGAGGAGGUCACUUUGCUGCCUUUGAGGAGCCCCAGCUGCUGGCCAAUGACAUUGUCCAGUUUGUUAAAAAAGUGGAGAACUUGUGAAUUCCAUGUAAUUGUGGCAUGCCUAUCAUUAGUCUUUGGAGGGACACGUUAGUGUGGUCUUUCUAAACCCACAUGACCUCUUACUGCUUCAAUUGCAGUACUGAAAGAAUUUAUGUAACAUUUACAUACACCACUCUGACAAUCUCUAAUAGCUUAAAGGAAAUAUAGUGUAAUAAGCUAUUCAAGUAUUGCUUAUUAAAAUUACACAAAUGUGC